GAGGAGGCUGAAAGGUAGUGGGCAGCACCCAGAGGAUUUAUCCCCAGGGGGCAGCGGGGUCCUGCAGAGAUGGAGCUGUACUCGACCCUUGGGAGUAUGCUGGACACCUUCCUGAAAAAAAAUCUCCAGCCCCAGAGGGACUGGAAGGAGGAAAGUCAGGAUGUCUGGCAUAGAAUCGAGCGCUUCUUUCGCGACCAAUGUUUCCGUGAUGAGCUGGUGCUGGACCAAGAAGUCAGGGUCCUGAAGGUGGUAAAGGGAGGUUCCUCAGGGAAGGGGACCACACUAAACCACCACUCAGACCAAGACCUCGUUCUGUUCCUAAGCUGCUUUUCCAGUUUCGAGGAUCAAGCGCAGCUCCGGGAAUACAUCAUCGAGUUCAUUGAGGAGAAACUGGAGCGCUGCAGAAGAAGCCUGGCCUAUGACAUCAGUGUGGUCCCGCACAGAGGGGACGGGACCCGUCGCUCCCUGACCUUACGGGUCCAGUGCAGGAAGAGCAGUGACAUCAUCCGGGUGGAUGUGAUCCCAGCUUUUGAUGCCCUGGGAUCCUUUGACCCAAGCUCUAAACCAGCACCAGAAAUCUAUGAAAAUUUAAUAACCACCACGGGCCAUCCUGGGGAGUUCUCAGCAAGCUUCACAGAGCUCCAGAGACACUUUGUGAAAAGCCGUCCCGUUAAACUGAAGAGCCUCCUCCGGCUGGUGAAGCACUGGUACCUUCAGUAUGUGAAACAUAAAUAUCGAGAAGCAUUGCCCCCAAAAUAUGCACUGGAGCUCCUGACCAUCUAUGUCUGGGAAAUGGGUACAGACAAAAGUGAAAACUUCAGCUUGGAUGAAGGGCUUAUAGCUGUGAUGGAACUCCUCAGAGAUUAUAAAGACGUCUGCAUAUACUGGACCAAAUAUUAUAACUUCCAAAAUGAAGUUGUCAAAAACACCAUCAAACAACAGUUGAAAAAUCCCAGGCCUGUUAUCCUAGAUCCAGCUGACCCCACCAACAACCUGGGAAGGAGAAGAGGAUGGGACCUGCUGUCUCAAGAAGCUGGUAACUGCCUAUGGCAGGUCUGUUGCUUUAAAAGAUUCUCCAGCCCAGGCUGGCAAGUACAGAGAGCAAGGGACGUGCAGGUGACGGUGAAACAGAGAGGGGGAAAAGCUUUGUCACUCUGUGUGGACCCCUACAGGGCCAUCUGGAAGAUGAAGGCAGAGAUCAAGGAGGCAAGUGUUCUCCAAGGUCAGCUUCGCCUCUCCUUCCUGGAGACAGACGGGAACAGGCAACUGCUCAGCUCCCAGAAGACCCUAGCAGAUUAUGGGAUUUUCUCUAAGGUGACUGUCUGGGCACUGGAGACCUUCCCUCCUCAGAUCCAGGUCUAUGUGAAGGAGCCCAGUGGCCAGAGCAGGCCUUAUGCCAUCGACCCUGAUGACACUGUUUCUGGCUUGAAAAUGCUUAUUGAACAAGAUGGAGGACCAGGUGUGAAGGAUCAGAUAUUGAAGUUCCAGGGCCGAGAACUGAAGAAUCGGCGUAGCAGCCUUGCAGACCUGAAGAUCAAGGACUGUGAUACCAUCAUUCUCAUUAGGAGAAGCUGAAAAGCACCCAGUCCCAGGGGGGUGCCCACAUCUGGACGCUUUUCCAGCCCCUCCCCCUUCCUAUGCUCUUUCCACUCAAAUAACCAUAUUCUUUUGUUUUGUUUUUUUCUGUUUUUUU